AUGAUUCCGAACCUGUAUCCUUCCAAAGGGGAUCGUGAGCGUGAGAUGGGCCUACAGAUUUCUCCACUUUGUGAUCGCAAUACCGUAAUGGUACCCAAAUCACAACUUGGCUUUAUCGACUUUAUCGUGGAGCCCAGUUUCAACCUACUUGGUGAAAUGUUCGACCGUCUGAUCACCUCUCGGAUGUCAGAGGAGGCAUCUGAGGGGGCGGUAGUUGAGCCAGAAAAAGAGGGUUGUGCUGACAACAAAACGAAGUUUCGAACAUUUAUGGAUGUUGAAAGUGAGUGA